AUGGCAGGCGAACAGAUUCUAGUGUCAACACCCGAACUGGCUCCGCGCAACGAUACAGCUCUUCGAAAGGGCCCGGAUGCCAGUCAUGUACCCGUUCCUAGCGGCCUUUUCAAACGCGUAACAUACGGACGAGACCUAUGGUUGUGUGGUUCUACAAAGUUUGACGACAAAAGCAUCGCAGUGGGAAGCUUCAGCAGUCUCCACAGAGUGAACCUCGUCCAUCUUCAGAAUGAGCUGGCGCUUAUAAAGACUGAAAUGAGCGAGCAUGAGACAGUGUCGGAAGAGCAGAUCCAGAAGCUGCAGAGGAAGUGGUUGCCAUACGAGAUUUCGACAUCUGGUUGCAUGAUUCAUCUGGAAUCAUGCAACCAUCUGGAUACUUACCCUAACGAUACGACCUAUCUCAAUAUCGAGCGGAACACGGAGAAGGAGGUCGGAGCUCUGCGCGAGUUCUUAAGAAAAUGGCUGCCCAGACAACUGAGCUGGUCUUUGGAAGCGCGGUGGGAGAGGCCCUAUGAGUACCAUUUGGGUGAAUAUCCGGCUUACUAUUCCCGGUUCGUGGAGGGAGUCCCCAAGUUCCUGUUUGCACCCGCGGCUGGCUGCUCGUUCGUUGUUCCCAUGACGAUCAUGGUAAAAGGCGGGGCGUCGCAGAAGAAAAGCCUGACCACGGUAUCUGUGGCUGUCACGAUCUUUGCGAUGAUAUUGACCAUUGGGGCCAAACUAGAAAACAAAGACGCCUUGGCCGUCACAGCAGCUUACGCUGCUGUCCUUGUAGUAUUCGUGGGAUCUAGUGUGGGACAGCGAUCCCAACAUCAUAGCUUUCAUAUGUAG